AAUUAUAGCCAAAUCUGGAAGUUGUUGGCAGUGUGAGGGCGCCGUAGUGAGGUGACGUCAAGAUUCUGCCUCACUCCCUCGGACGCGGCACUGGGAGAGGACGACACGUACACGUUCCUGCAGUUCGGGAAUGAGAAUGUCAGUAUGGACUCAGAAGAGCAGAAUCAGGUGAUGCAGGAGUUGCCAACACUGAAUGAGGCACAGAAACAGUCGUUGCUCAAGCAGGACUUGCGGGGGCUGGUGCCUCCCUUCCAUCAGCAAAAGUUGGAAAAGGAAGCUGCCAAGAACUGGGACAAGUUCUACAAGCGCAAUGAGACCAGGUUCUUCAAAGACCGUCACUGGACUACGAGGGAAUUUCAGGAGCUUGUUGGAGGUGGGGAAGUUUCUCGGGUACUUUUAGAGGUUGGGUGUGGUGUUGGCAACUUUAUUUAUCCUUUGCUUGAAGACGACCCAAACCUCUUUGUGUAUGCUUGUGAUUUCUCCUCCCGAGCAGUCCAGUUUGUCAGGGAAAACCCAAAGUAUGAUCCAGCCAGGGUUCAGGCCUUUGAGUGUGACAUUGUUAAGGAAGAGUUGAGCAGUAAGCUGGAUGGUAAUGAAGUUGAUAUAAUCAGCAUGAUAUUUGUGCUGUCAGCCAUUCAUCCAGACAAGUUCAAGGAUGUCAUUGCCAACCUUUACCAGUGCCUGCGUCCAGGAGGUGUGGUGCUGGUGCGGGACUACGGCCUCUAUGACAUGGCUAUGCUUAGGUUUGGCCCAGGGAGCAAGCUAGGGUCACAGCUGUACGUGCGCCAGGAUGGGACCAGGGCAUACUACUUCACCAAGGAUGAGCUUGGCAGCCUUUUCCAAGAGGCCAGGUUCACUGUUGCAAGUUGUCAUUACGUGGCUCGCCAAACUGUAAACAAGAAGGAAGGCGUAAAUGCACGGAGGAAUUUUAUUCAAGGGAAAUUCUUGAAGCCUACAGACUGAGAGUCUGGGUUUCUGUAAAUCUGGGACAGUGGAAAGUCCAGGUUGGUGUUGGAAGCAUCAAGAUCAUUCAAUCCUGGAGAGAGAAUGGUUUACUUUUCAGGUCAUAAGGAAUCAGCACUGGGUCUCAAGCAGGUGCCCAACUAUCUGCAUAUAUAUAAUCUUGGGCAUGGUGAAGCUCAUCUUGCUGAUACAGAUCCAAAAUCAAAUAAUGAAAUUGGAUCGCAGUUGUGCAAAGCAAGACGCUUCUGAGAAUGGACUGGAUUGGGAUGGCACUGGUUUGAAGUGGAUUGGGAUGGCACUGGUUUGAAGCUGAAGAAUGUAGGAUUAGGUGUUCAGUGGUGGCUUCCAGAAGUACAGUGGUGAUAUGGAAGUGUUGUGAUGGUUCUAUGGAGAUGGGCCAGUACUUGCUGCCUUGACAGUGGUUUAGUCUGAAUCUGUCACGUGAGGUGUGCUUCAGAAUACCAAGGUUGUGAGAGGACUGCCACCGUGGUGCAUCAACUGCUGGCACUGCUGUUGGUUGACAAAUCAUGUCUAAAUAGACAUGACUUAUUUCAGAAGUUCAAGUUGGCUGAAAAAAUAGUACUUGUAUUUCAAAUGUUCAGUUCAGCAAAAAGAUUCAAUACAAAUAUCUUGUACUUUGAUAAUUAGCUUUCGUUGUAUUAUUUUGCUGCCUUAAGUUCUUGUGCAUCCUUAAGGUAUUUAAACUCCUUUAAUAACAUAAGAUAUUCUUGGAAUUAGGGCCCAUGCAUUAGUCAAGUAUGUGAAUUGCAAGGUUGUGUCUUGCUCUUGGGGAUUUGAGGGCCUUGCAGACUGUGUUGCAUGCUGGUAGCAGGCAGGUUAUCUGGCUAGAUUGUUUAACUGUCAGUCUUGAGGAAGGUCCUGGUGUGCCUGUGUCUUGAAGGCCAGGGUUUUAGGAACCACCCAGAAGAUUUGUUGGUGGUGGCUUUUGAAUGUAAAGCGAUACCAGUGAGUGGAGGAGAGCCGUGUGGUGGGAGUGGUGGCGAGGGCGGUGUUGCAGCGGGUGUUUAUAGUGCCUGGCUAUAUGGGGCACUGUGAGCAUUGAGAUGUUCGUCAGGCCUAGCCUAUGCAUGUGGGCAUUGAUGCAGCUGUGGUGUCUUGUCCAGUCUCGUGACCUCAGUGUCUAGGACACAGCUAGGGGAGUGGGUCUACCAGUGGUGUUAUUUGCCCUGCCCGAUGAGGUAGUGUCUGAAGAUAUGCUUUUAGGACAAUUCUGAAGUUGUCCUUCACAAGAUAAAUAUUUGUUAGCAUUGUAAUAUUUGAAGUGCAUGGUCUUCGGCACUAGGGAGCAGUAGUAUACAUUUUAUUUUUGAUUUUUUAUAAUAAUUUUUGAUUAAAUAAAUAAUAAUG